UUAACGAAUAUCACUGGACGGUUGUGUCGGUCCGUUGCCUAGAGACGGCCCGAGUACUUGUUGCCAUAGGAAACCUGGUCCAGAGGAACCUGUUAGCGCCGACUCUGAGAAUCCCGCAACAGAAGGAUGUCUGCACUUCCUGCAAAGCCUGGCCUGCACCACAGUGUGUCAGAGUGGAACAGCAACAACCACCAGCUGUCUGCCACAGCACAGCAUGAGCGACAUGUUUCUCAUGUGAUCCGACAGGAGGGGAGGUCACUACGUGACGAGACCAACUGUAUGACAAACUGGGAUGAAAGCGAUACUUCUGCCAGGUUGAGUGACCGGGUGUGGGAUGUUUCCCGAUGGAAAGAGGCGUUAGAAACCUGCGCGCAAAAAGUGGAUGAAGAGAUGGAGGCUCUGACCCUGUCCAAAGAGCGAACUGAGCAGGCCCUGGCUGCGACUGCCGUUCCCCAGGAGGUGGGCCGUGAAUGCUUGACACUGAGGGACGGACGGCGAGGGUACGAGCUUGUCACCGACCCCGUCGACCAACAGCUGAAAAAAGAGAAAGAGCUGAUUGAAAGAGUGCAGCAUGUUCUGCAGCAGCACGUAGACAAAGCCUUUGAGCAACUGUGUGUUUUGCAGGAGGCUCGGCACCAGCUGACUGCUGACAUCCAAAACAAGAUGGAUGCCUUGGACAUUGAUAUGUCCUGCCUGUCACUUACAAUAAAGUCACCUCAGAUCUCCCUGAAGACCAAUCCAACUCGCAUACCAUCGGGCUCCUCCACCCCCCAGGAGUGGGUCCAGUUCAGCCAGUAUAAUAUGACUCGUGCCCAGGAGGCCAUGCAGGUGUCCCAGCAAAUGAGGGAGGACAUGAGUCUCACUAUAGCCCAGCUCCAGAAUGAGUUAGACACUCAACGCAGGGCCACAGAGUUUGCUCUCCGCAAGCGUAAUCACCAUGAAGAGCAGGCCCGCGAUGAGCUGGAGUGGCAAAUCAGACGUACUGAAGAUGAAAUGGCAGAAAUGGAGAGUGACAUCCACGGGCUGGACGCUGAUCUGCAGGCAAAGAUGGCCUUCCUGAAACUGGCUCACACCAGACUGGAGAACAGGACCAGCAGACCUGGCAUGGACCUGUGCAGAGAUGAGGUGCAGCAUGGCCUCAUCAAUGAAGUCCAUCAGCUGGAGGCCACAACCACGGCUCUGAAGCAGAAGCUUUCUGAGGCUCAGCACUCUCUGCAGAAGAUGAAGCUCCAUCACGGCCACAUGCUGCAGGAUCUUUCCAGAAAACAGGAAGCCCUGUCUCUGGAGCAGCGAAGCAUGAACACCCGUAUCUGCCUCACGUCAACCUCCUUCACUGAGAAAACCCAGGUGCUGUUGGUUCCACUUACAAACUCCAGCGGCAGGAGCAAUCUGCAGCUGCUGGCUCAGUAAGAUGAGAUGAUACUAUCCAGUUUUUGAGUUAAAGGGACAAAAUGCAACAACAUAAAUUAAUAUUUUGCUUUGACUUUAUGUUUUUAACACUGCAGCCAAUGUUCUGUUUACACUUGAGACACAGUUCUGAAUUAGUGAUAACUCCCAUCUGUGCUGAAAAACAAAACACUUUCCUGAAUUUUAUUUAUCUAUUUGAACAAGAACUGUCAUCUUCCUGUGAAAAUAAUAUUCUCCUGACCUGUUUAAUCCUUAUUUUGUGUGGUUCAUUUGCUUUUAGUUGUGUUAAAUGUAUUUGAGUCUGCUUAAGUUUCACACAUACACACAAGAAUCCAAAUUACAUUUAAAAUGUGGAUUAUAUGCUUGUUUACACUCAGCUUAAUUAAACAUUUAGUGAUGAAGAUAUAUUUCUGGCAUCUCAGUGUAUUUAUGUAUUUGUGGUUUUCCAGUGAUUGCGUUCAAAAAUUCACAAACGAAAAAAGCUCACGUUCAUGUCUGGUAAAGUCAUUACUUUUAUUGGCCAUUAGCUUUGUUUGGCCUCGUCAUAUUGUUUGAUCAACCGACGCUGUUUGGCCCAUGAAGACGGUGAUAAUGACUCAUGUAUGCGCAGUUUAGAUAAAAUAUCUGGUGAACAGACAUUAAACACGGUCGCUUGGACAAUAAACCCCUGUAACUCUCACUUGCCUCAGUUGUAAUGUCUUCAAAUGGCCAUGUUUGUGUCAGUGGCUGCAUUUUUACGAGGAUUUAGAUGAGAGAAAAAUAUCUGUUUCUGGUCUGUGUGUUGUGUCUGAAAGUCUAUAAAGGGAGAUAUUCUGUAGUAAAUCACAGUAGAAUACAACUGUACACUCACCUGUAGACAAAUAUAUGCAUGCUGACUUCACCUGCUGUGCAAAAAACACUAAUAGACAUCAUGCGUUUUUCCCUUAUAAUUAGUACCAUAUUACACAGUUCAUAGAUGGAAAACUUUUUAAAUUCUUAUUUGGGGAGACACUACAGGUGAAAACUGUUUUUUCAUAC